AUGGACCGGCUUUCGUCAAUUCUAAACGAGACCCCGCGGUUUUCGUUUUUCAACGAGUUGGUCUCCAUACCUUCGCCCCUGGUGCUGCAGCAUGAUCUAUUCAAGAUAAACAAAAUCAUAGAUGACAUUAUAGGAUACUUGUACCAGGUGCUACGGCUGUUUGACAAGGUCAAGUCGUCGAAGACGGCCUCGUCGCACAUCGAGGUGGUCGACUUGGAGUACUAUUUCGAGGGCAAGGACGAGAUCACAGGAAUCAUCCAAAACAUUCACAGCAUUGACAUGAUCAUCACUCAAUUGUUGGAGGCAUUGGACAGCUCUCCGAGCCACAAACUCACAAACCAACUUCUUGAUAAAUUUGAGCAGACGAGUGACUUGCUCUUAGAAGUAAAGAAAAAUACAAUCGUGUGUAAGAAAAAGCUUGACGUUGCCAUCAACUACAAGGAUAUGGAGCGUGUUAUUGAAAGCAUAGUUCAGGAAGUGGAAGACUGCGAGAAGAUGAGUGCAAGAAUGUUGCUGGAAUUGCAACUCUCACUGCUGUCGCCUGCGAGAGCCGACUUACUGAAGUAUGGGCUUGAGAAUAUUAUAUCCAAGAUGCAUGGCCAAAGCAUGAUUCUCCCCACCUUCAGUACCGAUGAAGAGGAGCAGUAUGAGGCAUGGUUAAGUUUACACACGAGGCUCCAGCCGUUGAAAGUCUCUCUUGACUUCUUACCCAUGCGCAUGGGAGAGUUUGAGCAAAUAUGCCAGAAGAACAAAAAACUAACGAGCCACAUCGACUCUAAAUAUAAGCAUCUCCUGGACAAAUGGAAUGAACUACAAAAUCAAACCAGGAAAAUUAAACAUAACUUGCUCGUGUUGAAAUGGAACGAGGUGUUCAUUUUCUUGAUCCAUGAAGUAGCAAAGACAUGCUCUCAUCUAUUCUUGCAGGCCAAGACUAGUCAGAUAGCAGCUACUAGGGACGAAAAUUUCUCUAAGCAGUACAAACUCUGCUCUACCACAAUCAACAUCAUAAACAAGGCAUUUGCAGAAGAAGUAGUCAGCGACACCAAGUUGAUCAUAUUGUUCAAUGAAGAGUUGUUACCAAAGUGGCAUAUGUUGAAUGAUAUGCUAACGUCAAUGACUAUUUCUCCUCGCUUGGUUUCCUCUUCAUCUUUCCAAUCCAACUCACAAAACUCGAAAAAGGAAACAACGGAAGGAAUUGGACUCAGGCCGUAUCGUAUACUGAAGAAGAGUCCCUCGCCGGAGGCUAUAGACAAUGGCUACGGUAUAGAUCUUGGAAUGGACAUUCAGAAAGUGGAAGUUCCUUAUAGCAUUCAACAGAAAGAUAAAGUCAGAGAUUUUUUCAAGCCAUCCAGACAGCCUCCACUUCAACUACAAAAGGUGAAUUUACAGUCUCUUAAUAUUGAGCACUUCGAGGAAGUCGAUGUAGAAGGGGAAGACGAAGACGACGAUUAUGACACUUCUACACUUGUUACGUCAAAACGGUUCAUUUCAUUAGAAGAAAAGGAAAUAAACCAGGGCUUAGCUAGUAUUACUAUGGAACAAACCAAGCAAGAAAAGUGGGCCCUUUUGAGAAGAAAUUCGAAAUUUAAGAGGUCUCUUGUCCCGCUCAUACAACCAGAUCACUUGGAAGGCAACUACCCACGAAUCCAAAUGAAAAUAGUUUCCAAUUCUAGAAUCCCAGUGAUAAGUCCCAACCAUCCUGUACACCACAGUCUGAAUUUGAAGCCACCGGUUGUUGUCACGAGAAAGAAAAGCACUAAUGAUAUGUUUGUCAAGCCAACUGGGAAGCCCUCAGUCAUAGGAAGGAAGCUGCUGGUGAAAAGCAUACCAGACACACUGCCUCUUACAUUUCAGUCCCCUACAUGGAGGUCUUCGUCGCCAGAAAGACCUCUGUCAGCCAUGGGAUCUAGAUACGAUGAAGAGCAUCUAGUUCAUCCUAUCGAAAGCCCAAAAAGAUGGAGAUAA